AUGGUGACCACCAACCCUCCUGGGCGAAGAGAUCCCGCCGGACGCCCUCAGUCUCCCAGACACGACCCAGACCAGUGUCCCUACUUGAUGGAGAUGGGGAGCGAGGUGGGACCCCCGACACCUCACCAAAUCGCCCCGACAGAAGAUUCGAGCAACCACCAAGCCCAAGGUAGGCUCACCACAGGUCAGGGGACUUUUGCCAUCUUAUACUCUGACUCCAUCCCGGCUGGGAACUGGAAGAGCACCGACUGGGGAGACCCCCACCGACCACUACUUCGGGCACCAAACCUAAGGCUGAUGGGGAUCGGUUGA